AUGUAUUCUAGUCCGUAUUCAGGAGUAUUCAUCGUCGGUGCGAAGCGUACAGCGUUCGGAACGUUCGGCGGAAAACUCAAGGGGCUCAGCGCCACGGAUUUGGGUGUUGUCGCCUCGCAAGGAGCGCUGAAACACGCGAAUGUUGGAGCCGACGCAGUGGAUCAUGUCAUUUUUGGAAACGUGGUUGCCAGCUCUCGCGACGGAAUCUACCUGACCCGUCACAUCGGACUCAAAGCGGGCGUCCCCCAGAACGUCGGUGCUCUCACCGUCAACCGUCUCUGCGGAUCGGGCUUCCAAGCGGUCGUCAACGCGGCACAAGCCAUCAAACUCGGCGAAGCGAACAUCGUCUUAGCCGGUGGAACCGAGAACAUGUCGAUGGUUCCAUUUGCAGUGAGAGAUAUCCGAUUCGGUACGGCACUCGGCAAGAAAUACGAAUUCGAGGAUAUGCUGUGGGACUCGUUGAGUGAUCCAUACGCAAAACUCGCCAUGGGACAGACUGCCGAGAAGUUGGGAGCACAGUACAAGGUCACCCGUCAAGAGGCCGACGAAUUCGCGUUGAGAUCUCAGACACUGUGGAAGAAGGCUCAGGAGGCGGGAAUCUACAAGAACGAGAUUGUGGGGAUCACUGUGAAAGGACGGAAAGGAGAGGAGAACUUCGACGUGGAUGAGCAUCCGAGACCAACGACCACCGAGAGUCUCGCCAAAUUGAAGCCAGUCUUCCAGAAGGACGGACUCGUCAAUGCUGGAAACGCAUCGGGAAUCUCUGAUGGAGCCGCCGCGUUGGUGGUCGCUGGAGAGGAUAGUGUGAAGGCGAAGGGUCUGAAGCCAUUGGCUCGUGUCGUCGCCUAUUCUGCUGUCGGUUGUGACCCGACUAUUAUGGGAAUUGGACCGGCGCCAGCGAUUCGCGAGGUUCUCAAGCAGAGUGGACUCAAGAUUGGAGAUAUUGAUAUCUUUGAGGUCAACGAAGCGUUCGCCCCACAAGCUUUGGCCGUCCAACGCGAGCUCGGAAUCCCAAUGGACAAACUGAAUGUUAACGGAGGAGCCAUCGCUCUUGGACACCCACUUGCCGCUUCUGGAGCCAGAAUCUCCACUCAUAUCGUCCAUGAGCUUCAACGCCGCAACGUCAAAUACGGAAUUGGAUCCGCCUGCAUCGGAGGAGGACAAGGAAUCGCUAUUCUCUUUGAGAAGAUUUAA